GGUACGCUUUUCUCUUGGUUACAGCUACACAUGAUGCAGUGGUCCAGUGGAGAUGCAGCCACAUCCUCACCAAUUACACUGGCAUUAUAGAAUCGCCAAAUUUUCCGUUAGACUACCCAAAUCUUAUGACAUGCUCCUGGAGAAUCGGUUUACCUCCAGGUUGCACUGUCAAGCUCAAUAUCUCAAGCUUUGAUCUCGAAUACAACCACGAUACCCUGACAAUCUACGAUGGGUACGAUAAUUCUUCCAGCCCCGUAGUAUUAACUGGCUACAAUUUUCCGGACCCGUUCUAUUCAACAGGGCAGUAUCUCUACAUAGAGAUGGAAACGGAUCGCGAAGUCCAGAAAUCAGGAUUUCAUGCCACGUACACAUCAA